CCAUUUUUCUCGUCGUCUGUCCAGUUCCCGUUCUGCCGCUGCAGUUCCAGUCCCAGCUCCCCAGUUCGCGACGGCCAGCAGCAAACAGCAAAUUUCCCCCCAAGACGCGCGACUCCAGCCUCUCAAAGCGCAUCCACCAAAGAUAUCGAAUUUAGCUACUUGGCUAUUUCGCGACCACUCUCAAGCAACAAUUUCAUCGCACGGCCAUAGACAAUUCCUUGUCGCAGCCAGAUAUUUGGUAUUCCGCGACGCAACACGCGCCUUGUUGCGAGUGCACGUCUGAUUAUUGCGUCUGAUUGCAUCUUAAUCAUCGUCUACACCCGCUUCUGGUUCCCUGAACACCCGUGUCCAUACUCGUACUCGUAAAUCACCCAUCCGCCAUGGAGGACGAGAACUUCAACUAUGGCUCUCCCGCCAAUGCCGCCACUCCUGGCAGCAACCCUAUUCUUGCUCAACCGCCCCUCCAAGCACUUCCUGGCACCGGAGCUGAGGCCCCAGAAGAUGUCCACAUGUCAGAGGUCCAAGCCUCCGAGCCCAACAUCAAGCAGGACAGCACGACACCUGCGCCUGGCGGUACUUCAGACAACCCCCUUGAUGCCCCCGCUGCACCUCCCGCUGAGACCACAUUAGUAGCCAAGGAAGAUGAAGACAUGGGCGAUGCCUCUAAAGACCUUCAGCCUGCUGUCCAGCAUGGCGAUGCCCCCGCGACCGCCCCCGCCCCUGCUGCUGAAGCCGGUGCCACAGAGGCCAAGUCAAAAGAGAGCAUAGAGAAUGCCGCCCGCGAACACCUCAUCUCCCAAACACACUCCAUCGUCCUGCCGAGCUAUAGCACCUGGUUUGACAUGAACAUCAUCCACAACAUCGAGCGGAAGGCUCUGCCGGAAUUCUUCAACAGCCGAAACCGAAGCAAGACCCCCCACGUCUACAAGGAUUACCGAGAUUUCAUGAUCAACACAUACCGCCUGAAUCCUAGCGAGUACUUGACAGUGACCGCCACGCGACGGAAUCUCGCUGGAGACGUGUGCGCCAUCAUGCGUGUUCACUCCUUCCUGGAGCAGUGGGGCCUCAUCAACUACCAGGUCGAUGCCGAUCAGAGACCUUCGCAAGUUGGCCCCCCCUUCACUGGGCACUUCCAGAUCAUUUGCGAUACUCCUCGCGGGCUCCAGCCAUGGCAGCCCUCUGCCGAUCCCAUCGCCACUGAAGGCAAGAAGAAUCUCGACACAGACCAGAAAGCUGCAGCUAUUCCAUCGGCUGCCGGCGAGCGCAACUUGGAGAUUGGCCGGAAUAUCUACGAAGCCAGCGCAAAGGGCAAGCAGUUGAACAAAGCCGAGUCCAAGACCAACGGAGAAGCUCCUGCCACCAACGGCGCUGCAAGCGCCACCCCUGACGCCGAGGAGGCCACCAAAAAGCCCAUCGCCAAGAUCAACUGCCAGAACUGCGGUGUUGACUGCACAAGGGUCUACUACCACCUGCCCGAGGCAAGCUCGCCCAACAAGACAAAGUACGAUGUCUGUCCCAGCUGUUACAUGGAUGGCCGUAUGCCACACAACCAGACAAACAACCUGUUCGUCAAGCUCGAGAACCCAACAUACUCCGCCAUUUUGGACCGUGACGCUCCUUGGUCAGACGCAGAGUUGCUUCGUCUGUUGGAAGGCCUGGAGAAGUACGAUGACGACUGGGCUGAGAUUGCAGAGCACGUUGGCACCCGCACUCGAGAGGAAUGUGUCCUGCAAUUCCUGCAGCUCGAUAUCGAGGACAAGUACCUCGAAUCAGAAGCCCCCGUAUCCGCACCGACCGGCCUAGGUCUACUCGGAAGCCAUGGCGGACAGCUCCCCUUCAGCAAGGCGGACAAUCCCGUCAUGUCAGUCAUUGGCUUCCUCGCCAGUCUUGCCGACCCCAAGAGCACAGCCGCCGCCGCCAAACAGUCAGUUGACGAAUUGCGAGCUGGUCUCAGAAACCGGAUCGAGGGCGGAGAAGACAAGGCCAAUGGUAAGGGCAAGGAGAAGGAAGGCGACUCUAUGGAGCUCGACAUUAGACAGGAGACGACCACGACGACCACGACGACCACAACAACCACGGCAGCAGCGAGCAUCCCACUCGCUAUGAUGGCUGCUCGCUCCGGUGGUCUGGCCUCGCACGAAGAGCGUGAAAUGACUCGCUUGCUAAGCGCUGCCGUCAACGUCACUCUACAAAAGAUGGAGCUGAAGCUCAAGUACUUCGACGAGAUGGAGAGCAUUUUGCAGGCCGAACGUCGCGAGCUUGAACGAGGCCGACAGCAACUGUUCCUCGACCGCCUCGCGUUUAAGAAGCGAGUCAGGGAUACACAGGAGGGUCUCAAGACUGCCGCGGUUAAUGGUGACAUUAAGAUGGCCGGCUUUGAUUCGCUGAGUUUUGCAACCACUCCUGGCUCGGGUUUGGUACAACCGUUGGUCGCCGACGGCCAGGUUAAGAGUUACGAGGCGUAGGUUUUUUGGUAGCUACCGAACCCUUCGCUGCUGGAGACCUCUAGUGAUCUGUUAUGGGAAGCGGCGACAGGGAAUUUCGAGGGGGACUGAUAACGUAUUGAUUUUCUUUAGGCGUUAAAAGGUCGGCUCAAAUGGCCACCCGGGCAUCCUCACAGUAUGUUUUGUGUAGUAGUCAUCUGUACCAUCAUGAAAGAGGUUUUUAAAAUAAAGUGUAUUCAUUGAUG